UAGAUGACAAAACUCAAAUUGAAAAAUAUAAACAAUAAUAAAUCGUACGAUGCAACAAUGAGCAACACAGUGCAACAACAAACAACACGAUGCAACAAAAAGCAACAUAUACAAUACAACAAGAAACAACAAAUAUAACAUACAUAACUUUUAUAAUAAAUAUAUAAUUCAAUUCAUUACAUGUAUCAAUAUGUGAUUUAGCUUUACUUCUUAUCAUUUCUUUUUCUUUUUAAUGCAUCUUAACACAUGGUUCUUGCGAUUUUGCUCUUUCCCAUCGAUCCUAGCUAUCACCGUGAUGUACUUCUUUUCUUUUAUGCGCCUGCAAUAAGAAUACAAUCUCUAUGACACCAAUAUGCCAACAAAAUAAGCAUUGAAAGAAUUUCAAUUUGUUCAAUUGAACGAUAUCAUUCAAGUGACUACUAUACUCUAUUCAUUUUCAUCCAUUUCAUAUUUCUUUGAAAGGAUUUCAAACUGUAUAAUGAAAAAACAUUGAGUCAGAUAAUGCCUCCAACAAAAGGUAAACUGUUAAUGCUAAACAAGAAGAACAGACAGCUGCUCAAAACUUCCUCAAAACUUCAAGCAUGUGAUAACUGUGAUAAAUGCUAAAUUUUUUAUGAACUUAAGAUUUCAUUCGUUUAGUUCAACAACAAAAAAACCAAAAAGAAAAACAAGGCUCUUUGAUUCUAAUCCAUAGUCAAAGGCUCAAGAAAAAAAAGCAUGAAACUAUAAAUUAAAGGCUAGACUUCAAUUAUCACAUACUAACCGUGAUUAGUGCAAAUCUUUCUAUAAAAUUAAGAUUGCAUUAUUUCAGUUCAAAAACAAAAAAAAAAAGCUCAUAGGUUCUAACUUCUAAUUCAUGGUCAAAGGCAAAGCUAAAAACAGUAGGCUGAAACUAAAAAUUAAAGAUGAAAGUCUCAAACAAAAAACUAUAAACAAAAAAUAAAGGUGAAACUAGAAAUCUAGAAUAGAACUUACCUGAUAUGAUCGAAUUGAAGUUAGCUAAGAACGAAGCUGGCCAAUGUAUUCUAAGCUCUUAACAAUAAAAUGAUGCUUUAGAGGAGUUCGUUCCUCUCAAACAAGUUUCAUGAAGAAAACAAAAAAAAAGGCAAUUCAGGCCUCAGGAGCCUUUAUCCAGGUGCAAGUUGAUCUUCUUCACCAACUAUUGCACCUCUCGACAACUUCUUCUUCUUAGGCUUCCGGAUUUCCUGUUUUUUUUCAUCCUCUUGACAUGCUUUUCCCAUUCCCUCCUUUGUUUAUAAGUAAAACAAUAUUGCAACGCUAACCUAUAGCUUAUUCACCAGGUACUAGGAAUUAAUUAACACAAAUGCUAAAGUUCAUCAGAAUGGAUGAAGAACAGAAAGUACUCACCUUAUAGAUAUUGUUUCGUAAUCUGCUUAUCGAGAUUGGAGUACCUUUUCCCUGAUUUGAGUGCAUCGAUGUGAUUCAACACUUUCUUAAUCUCCAAAUUGUCGAUAACAACAUAGUGACUUUGUAGGAUGAUGGCUAGGGAGGAUCUACAAUGGAUUUCAUCGCCUCUAGCAAAGCUAUCUGAGGCACAUCUCAACCAACUGGAAGUAAAGCCGCAUAGAAUGGAGGACAGAGCGGAGCUGCAAGAGACGGAGCGCGGAGAGCAGAGUGCGGAGGGCGGAGCACGGAAGGCGGAGUGCGGAGCUGCACAGGACGGAGGCCAAACGGUGGAGGCAAAGCCGCAGAGCCGCGGAGGUCGGAGGCGCAGCGGGCAGGAGGACAACCAUCGCUGGCUUCUAUUUCAACGAUUCGGGGAUUGUGUUUUGACGUAGGAUUAGCCGAUUAGGUUAUUU